CGCAGCACACCUGGCCCGGUGGGAGGGAGCGGCCCUAUAUCCCGGGCGCUCGGGGAGGGGCUGUGUCGGAUCGGGGGCUGAAGGGCUGCUGUGCAGAUUCCUCUUCUGCUGGAGCUGUGGGCCGAGGAGGAGCCCCGGCUCCGUGGGGCCGACGCGGGAGCAGCAGCAGCGGGAGGAGGAGGGUCGGUGCUCAGCCAUGUCCCAGGUCAUCCACAGCCACGUGCUGCGCGUGGGGCAGAGUGUGUGCGUCCCGUCCCAGGAGGGCACCCCGCGCCUGCCCGCCCCGUGCUCCUACUACUCGACGGACGCCUGGGCUGAGCCUGGUGCUGUGCGCUGCACCGCAGCCCCGCUGCCCACCCGGGGGCUGCAGGGGGGUCACCCUGCACCGCAGGAGCCGUCCCUGAGCCAGGAGGAUGUGGGCACGGAGCCCAGCGCCCACCUCGGGUCACCCAUCUUGGACAUCUCCAUAGAGAACCUCAACAGGAUGAUCCUGGAGCUCGACCCCAGCUUCCAGCCGCUCUCCUGCCAGCCGAGGAAGGUGGCCGUGCCUGCUGCCCGGGGGGACGCUGCUGGCACCCCACAGCACGACGUGGAGGCAGCAGACAUUAAGUACAUCGAGAUGACACCGACCAGAGCCAAGUGCACCGAGGUGCCACAGGGCUCCCCCAGCCCUUUCUCCAGGUCUCCCCAGAGCAGCGGCCUCCUGCCCCACGCAGCAGCACCCAGAGGGCACUGCACCAACGGCAGCGUGGUGUUCUCCAGCCCUGCACGGCCUGAUAGCCCCCACUCGGCCCCCCCGGGCUGCUCCGUGUCCGAGAGCAUCGCCGUGCCCCUUCCCCGAGCCGGGCAGAGCAUCUCCCCCCGCACAUCACCAGGUGCCGACCAGCUGCUGAAACCCAUGCAGGCAGUGAGGGCGCAGCAGAGGGGCAGCGAGGUGUCCCUGCUCUCCAUGAGCCCCGGCUCUGACACCAGUUAUGUCUUUGGGAGCAGCACCCACUCGCUCCACGCCAAUGACCCCGAUGCCGCCUGCCCAUCCCCCCCCGGCUCUGUGGGCAGCCCCCAGUCAUCAUCACCUGGCACCAGGUCUCGUUCUGGAGAAGCUCUGUGCCCCCCGCGCCCCCCUGCAGCCUGUCCUGUCCCAUCCAGCCUCUCCCUGAAGGGCCAGGCCAGCAGCUGCCCACCCUCCAUCCUCCCCGACGUCCCAGUGCUGCUGGUCAAUGGGUGCUUGGAGCCAGGUGGGAUACCCCUCCCCGGCCUGAGCACAGCCCCCCCAGCCCCUGUGCAGCCCAGCCCAGGGCUCAGCACCCUGAACAACGCGCUGUCAGCACCCACGCUCACCUGCGUCCCUGACAGUCCCCUCCGGGCCGAGCAGCCCACCUUGAAGUUCGUGAUGGACACCUCCAAGUUCUGGUUCAAGCCCACCAUGAGCAGGGACCGAGCCAUCCAGCUGCUGCAGGACCAGGAGCCGGGCGCGUUCCUGGUGCGGGACAGCACGUCGUACCGCGGCUCCUUCGGGCUGGCCAUGAAGGUUCCCGGCGCUCCAGGUGACGACAGCAGCGACCUCGUCCGGCAUUUCCUCAUCGAGUCCUCGGCCAAAGGGGUGCACCUGCGGGGCGCCAGCGAGGAGCUGUACUUCGGGAGCCUGCCUGCCUUUGUGUACCAGCACGCCAUCACCCCGCUGGCGCUGCCCUGCGCGCUGCGCAUCCCUGCCCAAGAUCUCACGGAUGGAGAGGACGGCCCCGACUGCGGCCCCAGCCCCACGCAGUCCCCGCUGAAGAGAUCUGCAGAGUGCAAUGCGCUGUACCUGGGCUCGGUGAGCACAGAGACGCUGGUGGGAGCCCCGGCUGUGCAGAAGGCCACGUCCUGCACCCUGGAGUUGGAUCCGCUGCCCACACCCACCCUGGUCCGCCUGAGAGCGUCGGAGCAGGGCGUCACACUGACGGAUGUGCAGAGGAGGGUGUUCUUCAGGCGGCACUACCCACUGAGUGCCCUCCGGUUCUGCGGGAUGGACCCUGAGGGCAGGAAGUGGCAGAAGUACUGCAAAUCCUCCAGAAUCUUCGGGUUUGUGGCCAAAAGCCAGAUGGAUUCGGAGAACCUGUGCCACCUGUUUGCGGAGUACGACCCUGUGCAGCCAGCAGCACUUGUCAUCGACCUCAUCAGCAAGCUGCUGCCCGCCCCUUAGCGCCCGGCCGCUGCCACAUGCUGGGAUAGGACGGGUGUGCUGGGCCCCAUCCCUGCAGCCACGGCGUUGUGCCCCCUCCCCAUGGAGAGGGGGAGGUCUGGGGGGACUGUGGCAGUAGAGCAGCAUCACGGUGUCUGAAGUCAGUGGGCUGCGCUGGAAGGUCCCAGUCUCCUCUGCAAGCACCGGUGGUGGCAGAGCUGCCAGCACGGCACAGCUGUGCGCAACGCCUCUGAAUUCUUCUGCCCUUUCUGCAAAGCCAUGUCCCAGAGCACCGCGACCUCCUCACAGCGCCACAGGCUGAGAAAUAAACGCUGACAUUUUCACGACGGUGAAGCAUUGGGAUUUGGAAGGAACUGGGACGCAUUUGGGCCGGAGCCCUGGCUGACGUCAAUGUGCUCAGCCCUGCAGCACUGGGUCUGCGCAGACCCUCCUCCCCCCGCGCUGCUCUCAUUUCGGACUCUGUGCCACGCGGCCCUCUGGGGGGGGGUCAAUAAAUCAGCGCAUUGUUUA